AUGUCACUCAUUUCCUCACCACCACUGUUACACUGGCUGCUUCUUGUCAUGUGUCUUUGGGCACCAGCUGCGCCUUUCACGGUGAUUAUGUCUGAUUCAGGCGGCCCCAAUGCCUUGGUGGACGGGCCACAAACCGGAUUCUCCAUCAACAAAGAUGGGGCUCGGACUGAUUCACAUGAGCAAGAAGCCAUCUACGACAUCAUGCGUGCCACGGGCAACGAUUGGGCCACGGACAUUCCAGAUGUGUGUCGUGGUCGUUGGCAUGGAAUCGAGUGCAUGCCGGACAAGGAUGAUGUUUUCCACGUCAUCUCGCUCUCGUUCGGGGCAUUAUCAGACGACACAGCCUUUCCGACUUGUGACCCGACUCGGUCCCACAUUUCCCCGUCCAUCACUAGGUUCCCUUACCUCCGAACACUAUUUUUCUACCGUUGUUUCAAUUAUAACCCGCAACCAAUCCCGUCAUUUCUCGGCCAAUUGGGUCCUACUCUCCAAACCCUAGUGCUUCGAGAUAACGGACAUGUGGGUCCCAUCCCGACGGAGCUGGGCAAUCUCACCCAUUUAAGAAUUCUCGACCUCCACAAAAACAAUCUCAACGGUUCAAUACCGGUCUCACUAAACCAUAUCGCCGGUUUGAAGUCAUUAGACUUGAGCGGCAACUCUCUAACCGGUUCAAUACCCAAUUUCAGUUUCCCUAUCUUGAGCAUCCUUGACAUGAGCCAAAAUCUUCUAGCCAGUUCAAUCCCCUCUUCAAUUGGAUCCUGCCUUGCUCUUCUCAAAAUGGAUUUGAGCCACAACCGGCUCACCGGAUCCAUACCUGACUCCUUCGGCAGCUUAAAAAACCUCAUGCUGAUGGACAUAAGCUACAAUCGACUCAAGGGUCCACUCCCACUGUGGUUUGGAACCUUAGCGUCUCUUCAAACUCUAAACCUCAAAGGAAACCCUAUGGGACCAACACAAAUUCCAAGGGAAGGGUUUCAAGGUAUGAAGGGUUUAAUGAUUCUGAUUCUAUCAAAUAUGAAUCUGCGUGGUCCUAUACCUUCAUCGAUAGGUCACUUGCCAAGCCUUCGUGUGCUUCAUCUUGAUGGGAACCAAUUGAAUGGUUCAAUUCCAAAUAGCUUUCGAGAGCUUAAGAACGUUGCAGAGUUGAGAUUAAACGACAACGGACUAGUUGGAUCAGUGCCAUUUGGGAGAGAAACGGUUUGGAGGAUGAGAAGGAAGCUUAGACUUUACAAUAAUUCAGGGCUUUGUUAUAAUGCUAAUAGUGGUUUUGAAGACAACUUGGAUUCUUCUUCCAGCUUUGGGAUUGGUCCAUGCGAACCGCCGAGACCAAGGCCGUGA